AUCUGUGAAAUAUGAAUUAGUUUUUUUUGCGAUCGUAGUAAAACUGGUAUGUUAAUUUUUAUCGAAAGAAUUCUUGAUUUAUAUAAAGUUAUUUACAUCUUGUGCUGUAAAUCUAUUGAGUAUUAAAAUGGGCGACGGACAAAGCGAAAGUCAACCACUUCUAAAUGAAGGCUUAUUCGCAGAAGAGGAGAAUGUCAGCACAAUCUCGCCGAUUGGGCCUGACGAGCUCCCUCCGCCGUAUCAACAAGCAGGCUUGCCGAUGGUAACAUGUCGCGUGUGUCAAGCUAUGAUAGAUAUUUCUGGGAAAAGAGAACAACAUGUUGUAAAAUGUUCUGAUUGCAAUGAAGCAACGCCUAUAAGAAAUGCACCACCAGGAAAAAAGUAUGUCCGCUGUCCAUGCAAUUGCUUGCUGAUCUGCAAGUCUUCGUCACAGCGUAUUGCAUGCCCCAGAGCUGACUGCAAGAGGAUCAUCAAUCUUGCUCCUUCACCUGUGACACCCCCCGUGCCGACUUUACCUGGCAUGUGCAGGGUUAUCUGUGCACAUUGCCAAGACACUUUCCUAUAUCAACUUUUGAAAAAUGCACCAGUACGGUGCCCCCACUGCCGAAAAGUAUCUUCCGUGGGUCAGCGCAUGGCCCGAAUGCGAGGCAUUAUAUUCGCAGUGCUCGCUCUGAUAUUCUUCGCCAUCGCGCUCGGGGUGACCCUCGGCACGCUGUCGGCGGCCAAGACGCACGGAGGCGGCGUGUACGUGGCGUAUGUCGGGGCGUUCUUAGUCGCCUUUAUUCUAUGCAGCCGGGCCAUAUAUUAUUUCGCUAUGAAAGUGAGUAAAAUCGAAGGGCCGAUGUAGAUCAUUAACGCAACGGCUUCGGUUCUUGUGAUAGUAUGACUAGGAAAUAUCUCGAUUCCAUAUUGCAUUAUGUAUACAUAUAUUUUAUAGGAUUUGUUAGAUAAAAGUGUAACCAUUUAUAUUGAAAAAGUGGACUGUGUUAUUUUGUUUCAAAUUGAUUUUAUGACAAUUAAGUAGGUUUGUAUACUUUAAUCGCUAUAGAUAUAUGCUUAGAGUUAUAAAUAUAAUUUUUAUCGCUUUGACUGUUACCGAAGUAAAUUGUUUGGUAACCUAACAGUAGUUAGUAUGCAUUCCGACAUUUUAACUAUGUUAAAGUAAAAUCUACAUAGGGUGAUGUAGAAAACGAUAGUACUUGAUAUUGUAAAGAAUUUAGUAAUGCGUAUGCUAUGUCAUUAACAAAUAUAAAGUAUGUAAUAAACUUUGUAAUCUCAGAUAAUUGGUAUUUUACAACUAGAUAAUACUUACGUACAUAUGUCUCUAUAAUUUGUACAUUUAUUUACUUUGAAAUUAUUUAAAUGACACUUGUAAAUUGAGUUAAGUAUAAAGUACAUCUUUCAAAUCUAUCUUUAAGGCUUGUACACAUGAAGAACAUGCAUAGAUUUGGUAUUGGAUUCAAUGAAUGUAUCAAAAUGCUGAAAAUGUGUCUUAAAGUCAAAAAGAUACCUUUAUAAAUUGUAUGAAGUAUUAAUAAAACAAAAAAAAAAUAGUCAGAAAUUCUAAAAUUAAUUUCAUAUAUAAUUCUCGUUCACAAUAAAUAAUAUAUAUAGGUAGCCCUUUUAAGAAUAAUUAGUUUAUUUCAUUCGACUCUAAAAAUAUAACUAAAUAAAAAAAUUAAGCGUAUUUCCAAUCCGUAAGAUAAAUUUGAUAAACGAAAACUAACAUAGUAUAUGUGCUAGGUAUUAAUGAAUAUAUUAUGUAUUGUAAUAUUAUAUACUUGUAUGUUAUUGUAUUAAGUAAACUGAACUUUAUAUUACUGAAUUUAUUAUUCUUUUUAAUAUUCUCAUCGUUAAUUGUGACGCGACGUUUUCAAACUGAACUAACCUGAAAAAUUAAGCUUAGGUUGUAAUUAGACAAAAUUUUGCUUCGAUUUAGCAUUGAUUAUAAUUUCUAAAUUUCAAAUAUUGAUUUCUAAUUGAAUCUACAUUAUGAAUACCACUUUCUCACAGAUUAAUAUAUUUCUUUCGAGAUUUUUUCUUCAAAAUUAUCUUAAAAACUACAUUAAAUAUGAACCUAUAAUGUAUUAUUUAAUUUGACGUCAGAUUAAACUGCUACAGGAUAAAAAUCGUAACUGAACCGAUGUCAUAAUCGAAUAAAUCAUGUACUGAGUGAUUUAUUAUUCGAUUUAAUUUUUUUGUCAUAUUUAUAAAAUAUUUGAAUAAAGAAAUCUUUAUUUGAACAAUUUUUUGACUACUUGACAUUUAAUGGGUGCAUCAGACUAAAUUUAUGGAUGGUUGACAUGUACCGAUUUUAAUCAAACUCAUGUGCCCUAAAUUAGUUAACAAUUAAACAGAAGGAUGACCAGCUGUUACUGCCCCCAAACUAAUCAAGACUUAUCGUCUAGUAGACGCCAAAUAUCGAUAUAAUUCCAUAAGUCAGUUGCAACUCAUGAUGCAAAUGACUUAUGGAGUCGACUGGCGCCUGCAUGAGCGUGUAAUGGAUCCUUAACACACUCGAUGAAUCAUUUUUAAUUGUAAUCGAUUUAAUAUGUGAUAGCGUUGAAUGUUUUUUUUUUAAAUUGAUAUCGUUCAGCAAUUGUUUUUGAAUAUAUUGAAAGAUUAAGAUUAUUAUUAGUAUUCAGAAAUGUUUGCUCAACGAUAUAUAAGGUCGGUUAAUUGAUUUGAAUUUGACUUUAUUUAAAUUAAUUUUCACUUGACGAUUUUCAAAACAAGAAAUAAUGGAAAGUAACUUUGUCUCUGAAUGAUUACAAUGGAAUGGAAAGAUUCGUGUCUUCUGAUAAUUUUAUCAUAAAACAAGUUUUUGUCUAUCCAUUUGUUGUAGAAAUGAGUCCUUAGGAUUAAGAGUGCCAUUUCAGAAAGUACUUUGAAGUUUAAAUGAGUUUGUAAUAUGUCGAUAAUAUUAACGGUUUCGAAUGUCGUUAUGAUGGAAUCUUUUGAAAUAGACGGCUGACGUCAAAUAACAAUUGUUAGUACGGAUAGCGACGUAUUAAUUUAUGUUACAUUUAGAAGUCGCACUCGGAAAAUGCUAGUUAAAGUAAAAAGUAGGCAAUGUCUGGACUAGAAGAAUAAGAUAACUAACUUAAUUGAAUUCAUCUUAUUUUGUCUCAGUAAACGAAAAAGUAUUUAUUUUUUCUGGAAAUCUUUUAAUUUAAGGAAUUAUAUUUUGGUAUAUAUUUUCUAAAUAAUAAUAUACUAUUUUAUUAAAUUUUCCAGUUCAACGCAGUCGUAACGUUGUUUCAAAAGAAUUCAUCCUUUCAGCAUUUGGAAAAGAUAGCAACACAAUAUUUGAGUCUGUAAGAAGAACGACAAAUUUAAUUUGGAAUUCAUAUGAAUGUAAUAUAAUGUACACAACCCACAUAGGAGCAUAGCCGUGAAUUCGUUUUUUUUUUGACAAAAUUUUAAUUCUUUGCUCAGUAGUCAGACAUUUACAUGCUUUUACAUUAUAUAUACUUUUAAACGAUUGCCAUUUAUUAUAAAUUAUUAAAAUUAAUCUAUUUAAAUUGAUUUUUAUUUUAUUUUAUUGUAAUGUUAGUUUUUUUAUAUUCUAUACUUGUCUUGGUCAGCCGUAUAAAGCAUGAGUCAAACAUGCGUCACCAUUUGACAAUGCAGUCACUGCUGGAAUCGACUCAUGUAAGUGGCAGAUCAACAAUUACCUGUGAUAAACAAAAUAUUUUUAAUACUUACCUUGUUCUCAUUUAAGCUUUAUAUAUAUAGCUACUUUAAAGAUCCUAUUUUUUGGAUUCUCAAUAGACGUUCGAAUUGUUAUAUUUUAUUUUUUUAACACUGCGGAAUUUUGAAAAGAUUUUAAUUCUUGUUUCAGCGAAU